ACGCCGGGGCCACUUGAAGAGCGUCGCUGGUUGCUCGUUGGCUCGUCUGAUCUCCCUUGGUCAGGUGCUUCGGUGUGGAAACCCGUCUCUUUCUAGGAAGUUUAAAUCCUGACAAGUGCGUGGUUUUUCUUUCACGGUUUGUGGUGCGGGUGCUUCGGUGGCACAGUCGGAACUUUGUUGCUGGCAACUCUGCGACCUCAUUGAAAAGCUCAUCUGUGUGACAAAUCUGCGUAUGAAAGCGACCAUGUUGUACACCGACGCCAUCUCGGUUCUAGUCGGCUGCACUCUCUGCGCCUUCGCCACGACCGUUUUCGCUUAUCCCUCGAGCCCCGUCUACGGCCGUCUUCAAAGGAACGCCGCCUCCUACGCGGAGGGUCAGUACGCGCACGCGGACCCCAACUACUACGCACUGCUGCGAAGCGAGGUACCCCUGGGUGCCCCAGCGUCCUCACCAGACUGGGGUCAGUUCUUAGCCAGCCCCGUGGACUGGAGCAGUGGACGCCUAUGCCGGCCCGUCAGUCGUCGUGCCUCCGGUCGUCCCGCAGUAUGAAGACUACGCGGACGAGUACGACUCAAGUGCUACGGGAUUCAAUUCCCGCCCUGGGGCAUCACCAAACCUGGGCGGCUACGACUGGUAUGAAGCCCAAGCGCGAGCCGAACAACAGCAGCAACAGGAGGCGCAGCUGGAACAGCAGGAGAUGCAGGAAGCGGCCGUCCUCAAAGACCUCCUCGCGAACUACCUGAGCAAGAAGUCCAGCGACUCGGCGGCACCCGCCAGUGACCCUGAGAAGCGGUCUGAGACGGCGAAGAAGUACACGGGGGCGUCCGGUGGCGUCCGGGUGAAGAGCACCACUGCUAAGCCUAACGUGGCCGCCCUGACUGUGCCCCGCGAGAAGGGCACCGCCGCUGUGGCUUCCGCGCAUGGACCGUCUCUGUCUGUGACGUCACCUCCAGUGCCGCAGCCAACAGGGUCGUCACUCUCAGCGGCAGAGGCCUCGGAAGCACACACGGUCCGGUCAGCCAGGAAGGUGGUCAGAAAGAAUACGCCAUGUUUCGGCCUGUGGGCACAGCCGAGAGCAGACGACCGACAUUCUGGCGAGGUGGAGUCAAGCAGACGAAAACGGAAGCGGCUGCGAUGCACGCCAAGGCGACAAGGUCGAGGUUCGGCCACUUUGCUGACGACACCCUGACCGAGGAACUAGACCAACUGAAGUCGCAGUAGUCGCAACGCGAGAAGCCACCAUUCCCCGAGUACCCACGAGCGACGCGGUGCGGCCUUCGUGAAAACUACGGCCGGCCACUUGACGUCCUGUCAUACCAGACAACAACCUUUCGCAAGAGACGACCAACAGCUACAUUGAUGUGGUCUGUUUCAACGCCAAGCCCCGUAUGUUGUAUCUAAUAUCGCGUGCCAAGUGAGAUGCAGUUGGCGAUGAUGCCUCUUCCUCAAGGCGUAUCGCUCAAAAGACCGUUCCAUAAAGCAGCGAAUCACUCCUGGUAUGCCCUACAUAGCGCGAUCUUGCGUGUGAAAUGAACUUUGUGUUCAUUUAAACUGUUAUAAAAUGUUCAGUGCACCGGGUAAUUAUUUCAAAGCUGCUGACGGGACAUUUGUACAGGUGUGAAGAAAACUUUGUCGAGUGCUCUAUUGUAAUCAGCGCUUUAAGCUAAGGCACUUGUAUUUCGGCGCACUUUUUCAGUGAUAAUAACUGUAUAGCGUAAUCACACUAAUAACACUCGAAUGCACGUUGCAAUGCUGCUUGAUUGUGAUACUGUUCGUAAAAUAUUUGUUAUUUUGAAAGGACUGUUUUAUUGCGGCUUUUAGAGACACAUUCUGUUGGUAAGUUAUGCAUCCUGGUACGAACUUUCUUUCACAGGCGAUAAUGUGCGAAAUUUUGCAACUUUCAAAAAGGAUUGUCAAGUUCCUCACAGUGCAUGAGCAGAACACUCCAUCUAUGUGACAAUAGAUCUUUUUAUAGGCCCUGAUUGCUCUUCAAGAAGGUUGUAAUGGGGCUGCAUUUAUUGAAAACCUUGCGUCCGAGUGUGCAGUCAUCAGAUAUUUAAAUAAGCUAAAUAUCUGGCUUCAGGGGCGCAUACUUGAACAUUAGUGAACCCGACAUCUGGACAGAGUGGGCCUUCCGUUGGGUGUCUCCUUUUUUUAAAUUUCUCGUUCAAAAGUGUCUAUAGCAAAUUAGUAAUAUAAACUGUAAACGUGGGUGGAGGUCUGGUUAUUCAUGUAUGCCAAAGAAACAGGUCUAAUUUGAAAAAACGUAAUGGAUAUGCGCGUUUUCCAGCGUAAUAUUACAGCGGUGUGAUGUGUGCUCAAUCUUUCGUACUCUUCUAGGCACACCACAUUCUAAAACGUCCUUUCGGGAGUCGAAGUCACUGUCUCUGGCAAGUGCAAACCAAUAACGAAACAACCUUGUUGAGUUAUUCUUGGGACGCUGAACUCUGAAUUCAUGUUUAUAACCCAUCGUGUGUUACUCCUGCUAAUGCUACUACAGUGGAUGUCGAAUGCUAGACGUCUUUUUCUAGAGACUUCUGAUUGAGUCGCGACUUACUGUCCUGAAUUACCUCAGGGUGCUACGUACAGAUCAAAUGCGUUUCGAGUAAGUUUCAAAACAAAAUUGUCACUUCUGAAUCGCAUUGUCCCCCACUUGAAGUUCCUUUAUUGUUUUAACUGAAGUCCUACCUAUUUGCACACGGGUAUCACUGAAACUUUGUUUGCAGGGCUCAAAUAAUUUUCUAUGAAAUUCUUUCGUGCCAAACCUCUUAUGAAGACAAAUGAUUUGUGUGGUUGUAUUGAAGAGUCUUGCGUUAACUUUUGCGCCGUGUUCGUCUCGAAAGGACAAUGAACUCGAGAUUUUAAGACGGUAGUUUGCGAAUGGAUUUCGAUGAAGGUGCUAGAACAGAAUUUAACGCUGCGCCAGUGUUUUACAGGUGCCCUACGUCGAAACAACCUUAGCGUAUGCGCAAGUAGCAUUUACACAAUUCCCGUGUGAAUGUACAGUGGCCAGCAAUGCGGAGGCCAUCUCUCGCUUUCCGCACUGCGCAUGCCGUGCUCUUCUUCCUGGAGCCAUCAAAGUUUCAUGGUAUCAAUAUUUAGUAUACAUAUAUGUUGAGCAUAAUUCUCUCGUAGAAGUUCCUUGUAGUGUUUCACGGAAUGGAAGCAUUGACGGAGAAAAACCGCCAUAGUACUUAUUUUUCUAAAUCAGAAAGAAUUGAAAAGAACAACUAACAAGAAAGUGCUCACGAACGUUAGAGCAGGCGACCAAGUGUAGGCUCCUUCAAAACAUAAAUGUGUAUACAAAGUUAGGCUUUCGCCUCCUCGUAUAUUUUCUUUAGCGGUUUGUCUCCACUGAUGCUUGUAGAGAAGAUAUCUGUAUUUCCCCCGUUACGAAAUGGUGCUGCGUGCACUCCGAAGAUACGAUAUCUAUAAGAUAGAUCAACUCAGGUGUGACAUUGUCGCAUCAUCACAGGUGCUCCCCCUGUCGGCUUGAUCACGCUUCUAGCUUCUUUUUUAGGAACAUAAAUUAAACUUUGGACGCCAUCCUUUACUGACUCCCAUUGUAAAAUCAAGUAAUGUAAAAAAAAAAAAACUUUAUGCUAGAUAAAGGUUGUGCCAUUGCAUUUCGUGGAAAGCUUAACUGUUAUAUGUGUGUUGUCUAGUUACCGAUAAAGAUCUCGUAAAUGUAGAGUGGUUAUUUAAAUCAGUCUUUAUAUUAUUCGGAUGUACGUAGCAUGAUGGUGCGGUGUGAUUGCGACGCAUUCAUUGAAGUAUAGUUAACGUCUUCCCAAAAGCGAUUGUUGUAUAGCUUGCCAUAAAUAUUCAAGAAUAUUGGUGCCUAAUUAAGACAAAAUUAAUGCCAAACAUUCUUCUUAGAGCUCCUUGGAGUAGGUCUAAUAAGUCGGUGUUCCGUAUUUUUCAAAUUUUUAUGGACUAUCUAAUCCAACCCUAGACAUUUCCGAAUGAGUGUACCAGGCUAGAGUUGCCAUCUAGAAAUUUAGGGUCAUUGUAAAACCAUGACAUCCUGUACGCAGAUAUAUCGCUACAUAGGCUGCAGGCUAAUACCAGAACUGGUGAUAACUACGAUAGCUAAAAAAGACCAUUGUCCACUUAUGUUGUCGGUUUGUGUUUGUCCCAGCUUGGUAAUUAGGCAUGUUGAAAAGAAGCUGCAGUGAUAAAUGACGACAGUGUUUCGAAAAAAAAAAACCUCGUUGCACCGUGAAUGUUUUCUCACACGUUGCCCUCCCACACCCUUCCCCUUAGAGACGAAAGUGAGACGAUGUGGCAGCCUCAUCAAGGACAGUACCCAGGCGUAAUCUGUAGGCCGAGUCUGUCACCCCCAGGUGAUAUUGUAAAUAGGCAUGUACAUUGUCUGUGUAGCUAGCAUUUAUCCGAAAACGUGGACGCUAAUCUAACUGACAUAGUGCUUGUACAUUUCGAAAGUUACAAGAGAUCUGCAGUCUCGCUCGGCGUGGCUUACGGUUCAAGAUGGCGUUUAACAAGCAUGACUGCUCUUCUGAACACGUAAACUGAAAGUUUGCGGAAAAGUUCGUAGUGUGCUGUAAUGUUCGUCAGCAAACGCCGAGCUCACUGUUCUUAUUACGGAAACUGCUAGUUUACGUAGAAGCCUGUACUGUAGUGUGGCAGUUAGGGCUAGUUGGUAUGAUAUGACGAUAGUUAGAACG